AUGGGAAACACAAAUGGAACUUAAAAUUUACUGGUUUUAGAUUAAAACUACUUAUAUGUCACUUAAAAAACUCAUCAAGUUUUUGGAGAGAUUAAGUUAUAUAAACAUUGUGAAACAGGAAGAAGAAUUGCUAUAAUCAAUAAACAAAUAUUUGAAUCUGAACAGCAUAAUAUGAAAUAAGAAACUUAUUCGAAGAGAAAAUAGUAUGACAACAUAAAUCUUUUGAAAGUUUUAGGUUUUUAGAAACUUGUUGCAAAUGAUUUAUGUUCAUAAAUUAAAUACCUGUCAAUUUAAGUUGAAUAUUAUGAAAACACUAUUACUUAAUUUAAAGAAAGGUUUACAGAAAAAGAAUUAUAUUAUUUAAUAUUUUCAUUAUGUGAUGCUAUGGAUUAUUGCAAACAAAAUAAUAAUGAAAUUACAGAUCUACAUCCAUCUAAAAUAUUAGUUACAGAUGAUGGAUUUGUUAAAUUAGUAGACAACAUAGUAUCAUUAGAAGCAAUAUCUAAUUUUCAUUAAGUGAAAUAUAAUGAUCGAUAAGUUGAAUAUUUAGCACCAGAAUAAUUAGAAAUGUUUUCAGGAUUAAAAAAUAAAAUCAAUUAAGAUAAAGCAAACAUAUUUUGUUUAGGAUUAUUGUUAUCUUAAUUAAUUACAUAAUAACCUGUAAGUGAUUACUAUCUUGAAGAAUUUGUUAAUUUAAAUAUUUUAUUUAAAAGGCUCGAUUAAAAAUUUACCUAAUAUUCAUACUCUAAUAGCCUUUAUACUAUGCUUAAAGAAAUGUUGGCUCUAGAUCCAGAAGAAAGAUUGUCAAUAAAACAAGUUUUGGCAAAAAAAUAAUACCAUCAUUUUGUAAGCAAUUUGGAUGGAGAUUCAGUUGAUUUUGCUGAUCAUCACUCACCAGAAUCCAUUAUAUAAUCUCCAAAUUCAUAUUGUUAAGAUGAAUAGUAAAUUUCAUAUCAUAAGAAAAAGGAAUCAAUUAUUUCUUUGAAAGCAGCUAAUGAAGAAAAUAUCAUUACAGAUACUAUAUUAUAAAUUAGAAUUGACAAAGCCUUGGCUGAAUCAAAUAAAUUAUUAGAUUAAAUUAAUGUUUCUUCUCCAGUUACUAAAAAUUAAAGUAGAGCAACAAUUAGUGGAAUUUAUGACUCUGUACAAAAUCCUUUGGUUUAACUAACUGAAUCAAGAAUUAAAAGAUUAAUUGAAAACUCAGAAUAAACAAUAGAAAAAUCUUUAUAUUAAUUGAAACAAUGUUCGUGA